AUGCAACAACCUUCGGUAUUCUCACGGAUAUCGAUAUCCGCAGCAUUCUCGACAUAUCUUUUUAUAAUAUUAUUUACAACAAAUACAUUGGCGGCAUUUAUACGUCCAACUGAAACUAGAGAUUUACCAGCAAUAUCGAUACCUCGAUCUUUACUGAUACCCCGAGCGCCGAUCUAUAAUUUGACAGAAGCUUUUGUUCAGGCUUGUGGAGAGAAUUAUGUCGUCUGUGGCGAAACAAGUUGCUGUGUUGCGGGGAAUGAGUGUUUAAUAGGCUCACAAUCAGGUGGCCGCUUCUGUAGAGGUCUCGAUGGGACUACUGCGACCCCCUCUACAACCCCAACCCCUUCUUCAUCCUCUAAAGUCCCCAUAGGCGCAAUAGUGGGAGGUGUUUUAGGCGCAUUAGCCGCAAUUGCAAUUGCCUGCAUCCUUUAUCUUCUCCACCGACGACGACGUCCACCAACAACCCCCGCAAUUCCACAAGCACCAAUACCAAAUCUUCCCAACGUAAUAGAAGCGAAAUACCCACCUCCACACGAAACUUCGUAUUCGGGCGAGAAUUGGCCGCCAGGAAGUUUUCUAUAUCACAGCAGAAAUCGAAGCGUCAGCACUGCAAGCCAAUCAUGUGUUAGCCCUGAUGGCCACGGAUGCGAGCCUAAUGUUAAGAAAUACACCGACAACACAGAUCAAGAUGCGAUCAUGGAGCUGCCUGGAACGCAACCGACAAUAGAGCUACAAGGCGACGAUGGCUAUUUCGCCGCAAAACCGUACAUACCGCCGCCACCGGCGGAUAACGUCGCGGAACUCCGGUCGCCAACGGAAGCAGUUUCACCAAUGAGCCCAAGCCCUCGGCGGCUGUCGGUGCAAUAUUGGAAAAAGGGUAGAGGAACUUAA